UACAGCGCCCAGAACGCCCCGCGUUCCCGCGAGUGACCCGUCGCAUCGCGAGAAGUAGCAUCUGGGCGCGUCUGCGCGGACAAACGGAAGUGUAGGUGACUGUCCGAGCCAUCGCCGCCAAGCUGGGAACCGGGGAGAUGGCCGAGACCGACCCUAAGAACGUGCAGGAUCUCACCUCGGUGGUGCAUACACUCCUGCAACAGAUGCAAGAUAAAUUUCAGACCAUGUCUGACCAGAUCAUUGGAAGAAUUGAUGAUAUGAGUAGUCGCAUCGAUGAUCUGGAGAAAAACAUUGCGGACCUCAUGACACAGGCUGGGGUGGAAGAACUGGAGGGCGAAAACAAGGUUCCUGCCACACAGAAGAGUUGAAGGUUGCUACUAAUUUAUACUGAAAUCUGGAACAUCAUUUUUCCAAGCCAAAAGAAGACCGAAUGGCUUUUUGCAGCUAACUACUAUGUGUAGACAGAUUUUCUAUUCUAAAGUGUGCAUUCUUUUCACAUACAAUACAGUUAGUUUAUAGAGUGAUUGACCCCCAGUUUCUUGAACAUAGUAGCUUCACAUCCUGGACCUUGGUCAGUUGUACUGUUAAUUAUUAAACACUAAAAUUUUGGCAGUUCCUGAAAAAAAUUGUCAAAUUUUUUAGUGUAUUUUUGUGAAGUCAUAUUUUUUCCUUGCCAUUCCUUUUGUAGUAGUUGCUGUUUGAUAAAAGUUGCUGUGUGAUUUUUUAUUAGACGAAUAGUAAAUCCUUCUAUUAUAGUUAAACGAGGGGAAGUAAGACCUCGUCUUUAAGACCUGUAGAGUUUAGGGUUCUUUAAUCCUCAGCACAGAGUGACUGUUGAGCUAACACCAACAGAGUGUUGGCAAUACUUUUCACGUGGCUAAAAACAUCCAAACAUUGUUUAUUCAGAAAUAUCUGUUGCCAAAACUCAGAAUUGAACUUUGACAUAUGUCUGAGUUUCUGAGAUCAGAUGCUGAAGUCAGUGAAAAGUAAUCACUGCCACUUUCUUGUGUUAGAAUGUUCACAUACAGAAAAUAAGAGAACGGCCUGAUGUAACAAGGCGUUCGUUUGUUAGAGUUUUGCAUGAGAUUCUCAUACUUCAGUAGGACCCUCCUCUGCUCAUCUACAAUGGUUACCAUGAAAAGUCUGGCAGGAUUUCAAAACUCAGUUACUCCAUCUUUUCUUCGAGCUACUGAUUGACAGAGAAGGAAAAGAGACUGUGUUAUGUCCAUGCAGGUGGCUUGGCUGGAAUGUGGUAAGGGACUUGUAGGCUCAGGUUUUUAAGAAAUAUUAUUUUACUUAAACUAUUCUUGCAGAGUAACAAUUUCAUUGAUUAUAGAAGGCAGGGAUACAGCUCUACUCUUGCCACUUGGAAAUGCAGUGUCAGGAGUGGCCAAGCCCAGAGGCCAAAAAUAGAUGGCCUGCUAGGCAAGCUUCUGGUUGUUACCACAGAGUGAUUUUAUGCAACAAAAACUUGAAAAAUUGGAAAAGUAUGAUUUUUUUUGUUGUUAUACCCCAUGUCACCAGCCUUGACUGUUGAAAAUUUAUAAUGAUAUUAAGCAAUUUGUCCUAUUUCUACAUGAUUUGGGGAACACAUAGGUGUCGCGUUCUUUGUCGUACGAUGGAUCGGGACCUCCUUUGGUGGGCCAGUGGGUUGUGCUGCAGGGUUUAGCCUUUGGCCACACGCUGAGCUGUGAGCAGACCUGCUGAAGCUACGGGCAGGAUGUCUUCCAGCCUCGGAAAUGGCAAAUGGAAAUGAUACGGCUCAUUGCUGCAGUGGGAAAGUCUGGACUGGGCCAGAUCGGCCUCCUUGAGUAUGGAAAGCUUUCAGAGGCAGGCUCACCUGGCCAGAAUAUCUGCCUGAAUAAAGGUGCCUGAAAUCCUGCUAUGA